UACGCAGUUGGCGCCUACGAUCGUGUUGCUGCUUUCCUUCUCUGAUCCGUGAUGGUCCAACGUUUCCCGUAUCACGGAAUCGCGAGGAUGGAACCAGUUGGAAAGUGCAAGGAACAAAAGGUAGCAACAGAUUUAAUCUGAUUUCAACAAGUUCGAUUAGAAUCACCCUGGCUUUGCUGCAAUGAGACUGACCGUAGCAACCCCAUUAACCGAAGAUUUCCUGUCAUCAACCACUGCGAGGCAUCGUGGAGCUUCAAAAGGGUCGUGAAUCGCAUGACGUGAUUGCCACGCGAAGAUGGAUUCGCCGACGAUCUUCAAUUAUUCAAUCCAAAUGCAACCAGUUUCUGUUCUGCCACCAUCUCUCGAACGUGCGACACAUCAAACAAACAACAUAAUGAUCUCGUGCAACAGCAGCGGCGGAGCGGCGAACGACGGUUGUUCGCCAAUGUCAAACAACAACCAUCAACCAGAUCACCAACAACAACAACUUUACGACCAUCUGUUACGGACGAUUGCCAUCUCGGUGCAGGCCGGCUGCAUGCUCAUCGCCCUUCUCCUGAUUUUCGUCGUUUUUCGCUAUCGCAAAUACAAGGCUAUUGCUGGAUCAGCUUGGAUUCUCCUGGAAUUAAUGCUCAUCGGCGCGCUGCUUCUCUAUUCCAUCGUGGUGGUGCGCUAUUUCGAAUCUUCGGCCGAUCUUUGCCUGCUCGAGCCUUGGCUACGAGAACUCGGAUUCACCUGUUGCUAUGGCACCAUCAUCUUGAAAAUCUACCGACUGUUGGUGGAAUUCCGGACGCGGAAAGCUCACCGUUGGGUGGUGCGUGAAAAGGACUUGCUCAAGUACUGGGCGGUGAUGAUCACCUGCGUCAGCGUCUACCUGGCUUCUGGUACCAUUUCCACACUGGAGCACAGCGAGCACAACGAACACUCCAUUUGGAAAGUAUGGGAUCAUACGGCUGCAGACCAAUCGGCAAUGAUGGAUGGCGUUGCUUUCCCAUCGGCGUCGAACCAUUCGCGUUCCACCCAUCUGCUUUUCCCCAAGAGUAUCAAAGGGACCGGGGAGACGAGCAGCGGCCGAGUCGGCGUGAGAGUCCGUGUGGACAGCAUCCGCAACAGCAAUGCAUCGUUUCUCCUACAAAAGGCUCGCGUACUGAGACGUGGCACGGUGCUCGGCGGAUUCAUCGAUCCAUCACACUCGAAUAUGGCUGCGACUGGUCACGAUGACGACGACGUUGACCCUCUUCAGCGUUCCAUCCUCACGACGACCGAGAUGUUUGCUCCUGAUUUCGAUGCAGAUAAUGAUACCCGUACCACAGUUACCGUUUCGGCCGAAGCCAAUCAGCCGAACAACGCGACGAACAAGACUGACGUUAUUCCGAAUUGCGACGUGAACGCUACGCCAGACGGCGGCCAUUCCGGCGGAAAUAGUUUGCUCUACGUUCGAUUUCAAGUCAAUUCGGGAUCUUACUUCACCGUCUGCCGCCAGCUGUGGUGGCAUUACGUCAACAUGGCAGGCGAAUUCCUUUUUUUGCUGUGUGGCUUGUACAUAAGUUCGAACGCGCGGAACGCCGCCAGCCAUCAUGGCGAAAAACUCUGUCUCUUCCUGGCCAUCUUCGUCGAGUUUUGCGCCUCGGUCGCAUUCACCGUCCUCAGUCGCAUCGCCUGGAUCACAGAGUAUCCGGAUCAUCUCUUCUUAUUGGAGUUUGCGCGCAGUCAGUUAGCCACUACGCUUGUUCUCGUCAUCAUUUUCGGACCGAAAAUCUUCUUCAUCUGUCGCCAAUCGUCCAACAAGGAUCUCCAAAGGAUGCAACAUCAAACUAGUCAAAUCGAAUGUGGGAUUGGUGUGGCAGGUGAUUUGCUCGAACGCGGUCAAUCUGCUCCUUGCGGCGAUUCAAACAUGUUUAAAAACAAUCCAGCCGAGGGUGAUGGAGCCGGAACUGAUGCGCCGGCCAUGAUCUCGGCCAAUGGUGAAGUCGAUCUUGGCAACGUUGACCUGUCACAAAUGGAUCCUGAAGUCAUUCGAGAAGAGCUCAAAAGGGUCUACACUCAAUUGCACGUUCUUAAAAUGAAGACGUUGCGCAAAGACAAUCCGCACAUCAGCAAAAGACGGGGUGGCCGUAAACCUCCUCACCGCCGGUUUUCUCUACAGAGAAGUCGAGUUCAACGAGAAAAGAGCAAAAGUAGUAGGACCGUAAGGAAACCGGACAAUGUGGAGGAAACCGGCGUCGAAGAAUCCGUCUGUAGCGUCGACGGUCCCAGUGGCGUUCAUUCUCAGCAGUUGGCACAACAACAGCCACAUCACGCAACUGAAACGACCGACCCUUUGCCAACCGAAAUCCCUCCUGUUUCAACGUUAACCGCUAGCAGCAAGACUUUGAAAUGAAAUGUCAUCAUUCUAAUGCUCUCAGCGUUUUACUAGACAAGACGCAGUUAAUGGAUUGCACGUUCACUGGUCCAUUUAUUUGGAAAACAAUACUAGCCAGCAUCUUAAUUUAUAUAUACUUGAUUGCGUUCACCCUCCUUUUUAUGUUGUUUCUCAUUCGUUCGACACACUUUCCGAUGUACAUAAGCGACGCGAAUAAGAGUGGAAAUACCUUACACGUAAUCUAGUAUACAAUUUAAGCAUUUGGUAUUGGUACGAUUGUUGACGCUUCUCGCUUGUCCACAUAAUUUCAUUACUAGUCUUUUAUCUUAUCUUCUGGUCUUGAUGGUUCUACCUCGUUUUCCCCCCGUUAUUUUCCGAUUUCAUAUUAAACUUGUUUCGGUGGAUGAUAUACUGUAAUUGCUACAUACUCAACGUAUACCAUUGGAUAAUGUACGAUACACACCAUACAGUAUGA